AUGGGUGUCGGUCGUCGUAUGAAGAAGCAGGGCCCUCCAGCCCCGCUCGAUGAGUCAAGAAUCACAAUGCUCAAGAAGCGCAAGGUUGGUGGAGCCGAGGCGCCUCCGAAGCCUGCAGCAGCAAAGCGUCGCAGAUCUGAUGCCGAUGAGGCUGUCUCGAAGAAGGAUGCCCCCAAGAAGACGAAAGUCAAUGGUACUACUCCCAAGGCCGACUCUAAGGAACCUAAGAAGCAGCUGUCGGUCACAAAGAAGGCCGUGCCGGUGCCCAUGUCUGAUGAUGAUGAGGAUAUGGAGGAUGAUGAGUUUGGUGAUCUCGAUGGGAUCAGUGAAGGCUCAAUGGAUAGCGAUGAUCAGAUUGAGGGGCUAUCUGACCUAGAGGAUGAUGACUCGGUUGUCGAUUCUGACGAGGAGGGUCACACCCGCGGAGCCAUGUUCUCCGACGAUGAGGAUUCCGAUGCCGAAGAGAGAUUGACCGCCGCAAACAUCGAGGGUCUGUCGCGGAAACUGGAUGCUGAAAAACAAGAGGAGGAGGAAGCUGCUGAGCAGGAAAUGCAGGAAGCCGCCAUGCAGACCAACAUCGCUGCACCCGAUGUGUUCGCCGACCAAACUCAGCAGGGACUUGCCCCCGAUCUGCAGCUGCUUCGCCAGCGCAUCACAGACACCAUUCGAAUUCUGGGUGACCUGAAGACCCUCGGCCUGCCCGGAAAGUCGCGAACCGACUAUAUCGAUCUCCUGCUCGACGAUAUCUGCACCUACUACGGCUACACUCGAUUCCUGGCCGAGAAGCUGUUCAACCUGUUCACUCCCAGGGAGGCCUUUGCCUUCUUCGAAGCUAACGAGACUCCUCGCCCUGUUGUUAUCCGUACCAAUACUCUGCGAACCAAUCGCCGAUCCCUCGCCCAGGCCCUCAUCAACCGUGGUGUUGUCCUCGAGCCCGUUGGCAAGUGGUCCAAGGUUGGCCUGCAGGUUUUCGAGUCCCCGGUUCCCCUGGGUGCCACCCCCGAGUAUCUGGCCGGUCACUACAUUCUCCAGGCUGCUUCAUCUUUCCUUCCUGUCAUGGCUCUAGCUCCCCAGCCCAAUGAGCGUGUCCUCGAUAUGGCCUCUGCCCCCGGUGGUAAGACAACAUACAUGUCAGCCCUGAUGCGCAAUACUGGCUGUGUCGUCGCAAACGAUGCCAGUAAGCCCCGUGCCAAGGGUUUGAUUGGUAACAUUCACCGUCUGGGCUGCAAGAAUACCAUUGUCACGAACAUGGAUGCCCGUACUGCGUUCCCCAAGGCUAUGGGUGGCUUUGAUCGUGUUUUGCUCGAUGCUCCUUGCACCGGUACCGGUGUUAUCUCGAAGGAUCCCGGUGUUAAGACAUCAAAGAAUGAGCGUGAUUUCCUCGCCAUUCCCCACAUGCAGCGCCAGCUUCUUUUGGCUGCCAUUGAUUCCGUCGAUCAUGCCUCCAAGACCGGUGGAUACGUUGUUUACUCAACUUGCAGUGUGACAGUCGAAGAGAACGAGGCCGUUGUGCAGUAUGUGCUUCGAAAGCGUCCCAACGUUAAGAUCGUGGACACAGGUCUCGGUAACUUUGGUAGCCCUGGAUUCCUUAGCUAUAUGGGCAAGUCUUUCGAUCCUAAGAUGGCUCUCACCCGCCGUUACUUCCCUCAUCGCGAGAACGUUGACGGUUUCUACGUCUGCAAGCUCAAGAAGACUGCCGUGACCCCCGUGGCCAAGUCGGAUGACAGCGAACCCCGCUCUAAGGGCCCCAAGAAGGCUCGUAGUGCUUCCUCGGCUGCCUCCACGGAUGACGAGUCCAUUGAUAAGACCCCGAUUGUCGAUGAGAACGGACACGCCGCUGACUUCGAGGGUGGUGCCUUCAGCUCAUUCGAGGAUCCCGAAGAUAUUGAGCGCAUCGCUCGUGCUGAGCGGAACCGUAUUCGUCGCAAGGGCCUCAACCCCAAGGGUGUUCUUAACAAGCCCAAGAAGAGCAAGGUAGAGGUGUCAGCGAAGACAAACGAAACGGCGCCACCAAAGCAGGAAGACGAGACCAAGGCUGUUGCCUCGAAGAAAACUUCUAUUGAGAAAGAGGGCGAGAAGAAGAUUGUGGUCAAGAAAGAUAAGAAGCCGGUAACCACAGAAAAGGAAGCGAAGAAGACCGUGGCCAAGGGCAAGGUCGAGAAGAAGGAUAAGAAGUCAGCCAAGAAGGCCGGCAAAUGA